AUGCCCAAGGCUCAUACUACCCCGGCACUUCAUCUGCUGCACUGGCCUGUGAUACAAGACCUAGUAUCGAAGCCAUGCAACCCUCAAGCAUUGAUGCAACUCGAGAUGAGUAGACCGCCUCUCCACUUCACCAGAGAAUUUGAGCCUGACUGGACGGACCCGAUUGAAGUUUACGUGAAAGCCUUCUUCGAAAAGGCAAACGUCUGGUACGCUGUCGUGAGCCCCUACGCAUGGCGAAGCUAUUACCAGUCGGCCUCAUCGGUCAACGUCCGAUCCGGUGCAGAAAGCUGCAUCGUUCUCCUCGUUCUCGCGCUAGGAAAAGCAGCUCAUUCUCACCUUAGCAUCUCUGAACUACCACCGAACCACCCACCUCCAGGAUUAUCCUACUUCUAUGCAGCCUGGUCCCUCCUGCCAUCCCUACUGUUGCGCAGCGACGUCCUGUCCGCGCAAGCACACAUCCUCGCAGCGGCAUAUCUCCUCUACCUCGUCCGUCCUUUAGAAGCCUGGAAUGCGCUCUGCACAGCAUCUUCCAAAAUCCAACUUCUCCUGUCCUCUCCAACCACAAUCCCGCCACAACUCCGCGAAUUGGCAGAGCGGAUAUACUGGAACACUCUCCUCAUAGAAUCCGACCUCCUCGCGGAACUAGACCUCCCACACACCGGAAUCGUCUCCUUUGAAGAAAGCAUGCGCUUACCACGAAGCUUCCCCUACGACACCACGGUCCCGGAUUCCCCAGGAACAGACGAUAUCUGGUACUUCCUCGCCGAGAUCGCCAUCCGUCGUCUCCUCAAUCGCGUCUCUCACCUUAUAUAUUCCCAGAAACAACAGCUCGGAAAUCUCGAGCCGAUAGUCACGGAGCUGGAUUAUCAGUUAACGCAAUGGUACACUUCCCUCCCACCUUCUGUGCGAUUUCCAAGGGAAAGAACCCCAGCUCGGAAUCAGAUCCAGACAGUCUUGAGAUUACGAUACUUUGCUUGCCGGACGAUAAUUUUCAGACCUUAUAUCCAAGCUGUUCUGCACGAGCCGAGUCUGAUCAAUGAGCCGGGUGUCAAAGCGGCGUGUGAGAAGUGUUCGGAUGCUUGCAUUCGGCAACUCGAGAACAUAAGUGUACAUAGAGAAGGACAUUUACCUUAUCUGUGGCAAGGCGCGUUGUCGAUCACAAGUCAGUCGCUGCUGUUGAUGGGCGCGACGCUGUCACCCGUGCUGAGCGGUUUGCUGCCCUUAUCCAAGCAAGAGACCGACGCGGUGAUAGCAGACGUCGUUGCAGAGAUUGAAGGCCUUGCUCACCUGGCGCCCAGUCUGAAGCUUUGUGCGGAGAUCGUGAGGGAAGCGGAGGAGAGGAGACAGUUCCUGAUGCAAAGACCAAAGACAUGA